CAGCUCCACACUUUGUUACCGCAGAAAUGUUGUCGGUCAUCAUGUACCCCGUUCUUCGGGACAGUACGUUUACCGUAUGGACUACAGCGGUUCAAAGAAAAGGCUUCAUUCCACCUUCUGAACGGCAGCUAGAAAUGGAAGGUAGCAGCUGUGCCCAGUGAAUGAAAACUAAUGCAACCAGACCGCCACUGAGGGGCGCGGAAAACUCUCCAGAGGGCCAUACCAUUUGACUGAAUCUUCCUCAAACAUCUCGAGUUUGAACUGAAGUUCCUACUACAGACAGAAAUCGAUCCCGCGCGUUUACUGUGUGCUAUCGGUGUUCACGGGGGCGCGUUCAGCGGGGCGUUGGCGCGGGCACGUGCGUCGGAAGCGCGCUCGGCUCGGCUGGGAGGGGCUGGAGCGUGUGGGAGGGAACCUCUGCUGUCCUGCCCAGAGCCCGGAGCUGUCAGCCCCGGGAAGCUCGAACGUUAACACUGAGGUAACUGCGAAGAACAUUUGAACGGGGGUGGGGACAUAUUUGCAACGGGUUGUCAGCCGUUAAUGGUUCAAGAAAAGGUUUUGUCUGUAAAGGGCAGUUCUAUAUUGCCAAGCCCCAUUAGGCGCUUGGGGAACAGAUCAGAUCACAAAUGAUUUUAAACUCAGCUGAACUUUUUUUUUGCCUUCCAUUUGCUAAUGCAAACAGAACAAAUACUGAGUCCUCGGGUCGAUCCGCAUUGACCUGAAAUAAGGCACCUGAGGUUUGCUGGGGAUCUUUUCCUGGAGUUGUGCUGUUAACAAUGAGACUUUCAGGAUAUUCCUGCAGGCUACAAUCUUAAAGAGCCCACUCUCACCGCUCACCAUUGUUUCGGGAAUUGCUUAGAAAGAAAAACUAGUCCAGGCAACGGAAAACAAAACUUUGUUUGCAAGCCAUUUAAAAGAAAAGGACACUUUUGGCCCUAUUAUGAAGCUCUACGUCCGCGCCAUGAGGAGGACUUUUCAAAACAGGAUGAGUUUUAACGAGACGAUGCGAAGUGCAGCAGUUGCGCUGCAGUAAAACGGGGAGAGCGGGUCGCCCAGGGGAUUGAGGCAGGAUGCUGGCUGUGUUACCUUGCCUGGUCCUCGGCCUCUUCACCUGGAGUGUUGGCAUCUGCGGUGCCCAGGGGGAGUUCUGCCACGGUUGGAUCGACAAUGCGGGCAAAUGGCACGACGGCUUCCAGUGUCCUGAGGAUUAUGAUACAACGGACGCCACGACCUGCUGCGGCUCGUGUUCUCUACGUUACUGCUGUGCGGCCGCUGAGGCCAGGCUGGACCAGGGGCUUUGUACCAACGACAGAGAGCAGCAGAACCCCGAUUACUCAGCACAGCCCGUCUAUAUGCCGUUCCUUAUCGUCGGUUCCAUAUUCAUUGCUUUCAUCAUCCUCGGUUCCCUGGUUGCUGUUUACUGUUGUACGUGCCUUAGACCCAAGCAACCAAAUCCGCAGCCAAUGCGUUUCUCAGUGAGGAACCACCAAACAGAGACCAUUCCCAUGAUCCCAACCUUUACACAUUUGAGGACCCCAUCCCGGCAGUCGAGCACUGCCACUAGCUCCAGCUCAACCGGUGGCUCCAUUCACAGAUUCUCCAUCGGCAGAACAGAGUCAGGACACGGGUGCCUGGUGGCAUCGUCGCCGCCGCCGGUUUACAGCUCCCCUGGGUGCCUGCAGACUGCACAGACCCUACAUAUCGGCCAGGCCCCGAGCUUUCUGAUGCCGCAGCAGUAUUUCACUUACACCCUGCAACCAGAGCCAUUCACAACAGGCAAAGGUUUCAACGAUUUCACUCAGAGCCGGCUGAAGACUCCCGCGCAGGACUCCGAGCAAGUGAUAUAUAGUAACGCGGGUUUAUAGAAGAGGGAAAGCAAUUUGAAAGAGUCGAUCACGCUUCGUAAUGACAAGAAUAAGUCCCUCUGCCCUUUUGGGAAGGCUUGUUUCUCCUUUCCUGAUGGAAGACCGCACUCCCUACUUAGUCAACUGGGAACAGGACCGUGUGGGAGAACUGCCUCCGUGCUCAACAGCGGGGUGGAUUUUAAUUCCCCACUCCCCAGUCUAACAAAAGAGCUCUGGAUUAACGGGGUAGAUGGUAAAUAUGGAUGGAGUUCCUCAGCUGAGCCCCGAGCUACUGGUUAUUUCCAACUGUACCUUGAAGAGGAUAAUUUGGCCCAACUUUUCACAUCUUACUUUUCAAUUUUUCUGACAUACAAUCCACGCAACGAACUUUCUUAUUCACAGUUCACUCUCUCUCUCUCUCUCUCUCACACACCACCCACCCGUCUGCAACCGUCUAAGUCAAAUGGAAUAUUCACGCCCCCCCGCCAAUGGAAACUGUUCCGUUUCCCUAUUUUAGCAUCUUGCUGUCCCCAGGCAUGAUGAAAUCGACAAAAUCACCGCCACUGGCCUAACAGUGUAAUUAAUGAAUCCAAUCCCAGGCACGAAAACCAAACAUUUUAAAAUGCGCAAGUAUAGUUUAUAAAAGGUGAGGAAAACAAUCUUUAACCUGCGCAUAAUUGAAGUACCAGAGCUGCCUGGAAAUAAAUAUUUGACUGGGAAAAAAACAACAGAAUUUGAAACAGACUGAGCACUGGCGAUUUAAGAGAAAAUUGACCUUUUAUUCGCUUCCAUACUCAUAUUUUUCCGUAUUGAAUGCCUUAUCUAAAUAUCCAAUUAAAAUGAACAAUUUAUAGACAAAUUAUUCUUAAUUCUCACCUAUGCCUUCAUAUUUACA